AAUCUAAUCUAGUAUCAACCACAUAACCCAAAACUACCUCUAAAUACACUGAAGAAAGGUAAAUCAGUCCAGCAUCACAUCUCUGAGUCACAGUGUAGUUCGUGAGAGACGACCGAGGAGGACAUUUUAGCUUUUGGUUUUUCUUCGUUUUUAUUCCCAAAUAAAAGUUCUUGGUAAUAUCAGCUUGGAUUUUUGUGAACCACAAUAUGCAGAAAAUGAUGUAAAAUGUUUUCUAACUUUCAUUAUUUUAAAAUAAAUACACACACUCAAUGCACCAAAUAUAUAUUAUAGCCCUGUUUCCUCUCUAAUGAGUACACAUUUACAUACCAAUGAACAAACAUGAUCAGAAUGGGACUUUAAUAAAAUAAAAUCCAUAUUUUUGAAGAGGAUGGAUCAAAGCAUAUUGAAUAUAUAUAUUAAAACACAGACUAUAACGUCAAUAAAAUAAAAUAAAAACAUUGGUGAAAAUAUUGUAAAAUAAAAUAAAUAUAAAAAAUAAAAUAAUUUAUAAAUCAAUAUAACAUGUUGAUAAGACUCGGCUUUCAUGAUGGUGACAAAAAUUCCUGGGGGGUAUGUCCCGCUUCUAAUCAACAAAAUUGCCCCCGCCCUCCCGCGCCUCCACUGUCUUACGCGCUGACGUCACAGGCCUUACGUGCUUUAUUUUGCAUGCGGCAGCAGCAACGCUGGUUGAGCUUCAGCAGGAGCGAAGGCGACGGCCGCAGCCUCAUUUGUCGGGUGUCAGGGUGUCAUAUGCGGGUUCAGCACUGACUUUCACCACAAGAGCUCACCUGCGUUUGAACAGCGGCGCCAACGAGCGUGCCGGACGUCGUCGCACCUGCCGGGGGAUCAUGGACAACAAAGACGCCGCCUCCUCCUGCAUCGUUGUGUGCCGCAGCGAACCGAACCAAGCCGCGCGCGGUUCCGCUCCCAAACUGGGGGGCUGUUAUUAAACUCGCGGUGCGUUUCAGGAGCUUGACUGCGUCACCGAAACGCAGCAUUUGGACCUGUUUGUUUACGGACCGAGCCGAACCCGUCCUCAGUUUGAGCUUUAAUAUAUAUUUAUUAGUGUUAUUGGGCAUUUAAACAAGCUAGGGAAAACGGACUUCUAAAAAUAGCCAUGAUUAAUAUUACAAUGAUCAUCUGAAGACAUUCCUAUUGGAGCAGCUUCACAACAUUUAAAGAAAGAUGUGGGUCAGUCCUGAAGAUGUGCUGCUGGCUGGCGCGUUAUGGAUCACCGAGAGAGCCAAUCCAUACUUUAUCCUGCAGAAACGGAAGGGACACGGGGAUGGAGGCGGGGGGCUGGCUGGAUUGCUGGUGGGAACCCUCGAUGUCGUUCUAGACUCGAGUGCUCGGGUGGCCCCUUACAGGAUCCUCUACCAGACUCCUGACUCUUUAUCAUACUGGAUCAUCGCUCAUGGAACCUCCCGUAAGGAGAUCACAGAGCACUGGGAGUGGCUGGAGCACAACCUGCUGCAGACUCUCUCCAUCUUUGAGAAUGAGAAUGACAUUACUACCUUUGUCAAAGGGAAAGUGCAGGGGAUUAUAGCGGAGUACAGCAAGAACCAGGACAUUAAAGACGAUGACGACACGGACAAGUUCAAGGAGGUUAGCGCCAAGUUCCGGAAGCUUUUCGGAAUGCCUGAAGAAGAGAAGCUGGUCAACUAUUACUCCUGCAGCUACUGGAAGGGGAAGGUCCCCCGGCAGGGAUGGCUUUACCUCAGCAUCAACCACCUCUGCUUUUAUUCAUACUUACUAGGAAAAGAAGUCAAACUGGUGGUGCGCUGGGCUGAUAUCACCCAGUUGGAGAAGAGCGCCACCCUCCUCCUACCCGAUGUGAUUAAAGUCAGCACCCGCUCCAACGAGCACGUCUUCUCCGUCUUCCUCAACAUCAACGAGACCUUCAAGCUGGCGGAGCAGCUGGCCAACAUCGCCAUGCGCCAGCUGCUCGACAACAAAGGCUUCGAACAGGACCGAUCGCUGCCCAAGCUCAAGAAGAAGUCCCCCAAAAAGGUGUCCGCGUUAAAGAGGGAUCUGGAUGCGAGAGCCAAGAGUGAGCGUUACCGGGCCCUCUUCCGACUCCCCAAAGAUGAAAAGCUGGACGGGCACACAGACUGCACCCUGUGGACUCCCUUUAACAAGAUGCACAUCUUAGGUCAAAUGUUUGUUUCCACCAACUACAUCUGCUUCACCAGCAAGGAGGAGACGCUGUGCAGCCUCAUCAUUCCUCUGCGGGAGGUGACGAUUGUGGAAAAAGCAGACAGCUCCAAUGUGCUGCCCAGCCCGCUUUCCAUCAGCACCAAGAACCGCAUGACCUUUCUGUUUGCCAACCUGAAGGACAGAGACUUCCUGGUGCAGAGGAUCUCUGAUUUCCUGCAGCAAACCACCUCCAAGAUCGGCCUGGAGAAGGAGCUGAAUGGCAGCUUCAACAGCUCAGACGACGAGGCGUACUCCCAGCAUGGCUCCCUGCUCUCGAGCAGCCCUCAACACAGUUCAGGUUCAGAGACUGAGCGGACGUUCAACCUGAAUGACACCAGCGUGCCCACAGCGACUGAGGCGCUCAUGACCAUGUACCGGCGCCGCUCGCCUGAGGAAUUCAAUCCCAAACUGGCAAAAGAGUUCCUGAAAGAACAGGGCUGGAAGAACCACUUUGCUGAGUUUGGAGAGGGGGUCUGCAUGUACCGCACAGAGAACACCAAGGAGCUGGUUCUCAAAGGGAUUCCUGAAAGCAUGAGAGGGGAGCUGUGGCUGCUCUUCUCUGGUGCUAUAAAUGAAAUGACCACCCACCCUGGCUACUACGAAGACUUGGUGGAGAAAUCGAUGGGAAAGUACAAUCUUGCUACUGAGGAGAUUGAGAGGGACCUGCACCGCUCCCUGCCGGAGCAUCCUGCUUUUCAGAAUGAAAUGGGAAUCGCCGCCCUCCGCCGUGUUCUCACCGCAUAUGCUUUCAGAAACCCCAACAUUGGUUAUUGCCAGGCCAUGAACAUUGUGACGUCUGUGCUGCUGCUUUAUGCUAAAGAGGAGGAGGCGUUCUGGCUGCUGGUGGCGCUCUGCGAGAGGAUGCUCCCCGACUACUACAACACUCGGGUUGUAGGAGCCCUUGUUGAUCAGGGGGUGUUUGAGGAGCUGGCCCGCGAGUACGUCCCCCAGCUGUAUGACUGCAUGCAGGACCUCGGUGUGAUCUCCACCAUCUCCCUCUCCUGGUUCCUCACGCUCUUCCUAUCCGUGAUGCCGUUCGAGAGCGCGGUGGUGGUUGUGGACUGUUUCUUCUACGAUGGCAUCAAGGUCAUUUUUCAGUUGGCGCUCUCCGUGCUGCACGCCAACAUCCACCAGCUGCUGGGCUGCAAAGACGACGGAGAAGCCAUGACUGUUCUGGGCAGGUACCUGGACAGUGUGACCAACAAGGACAGCACCCUCCCUCCCAUCCCACACCUGCACUCUUUACUGACCGAUAACGGAGAGCCGCAUCCAGAAGUCGACAUCUUCAAACUGGUCUGGUCUUCCUAUGAGAAAUUUGGCUCCAUCCGGGCAGAUGUGAUUGAGCAGAUGCGCUUCAAGCAGAGAUUGAGAGUCAUUCAAACAAUUGAAGACACAACCAAACGUAACGUGGUCAGAACGAUUGUAACUGAGACGGCUUUCAGUAUUGACGAGUUGGAGGAGCUUUACGUUCUCUUCAAGACGGAACACCUAACCAGCUGUUACUGGGGAGGCAGCAGUAACCCCACAGAGCGUCACGACCCCAGUCUACCGUACCUGGAGCAGUACCGCAUCGAUGUGGAGCAGUUCAAGGGUCUGUUCAACCUGCUGUUCCCCUGGGCCAACGGGGCCCACUCGGACCCUCUGGCUGCUCGGGUGUUCCGUCUGCUGGAUGAGAACGCAGACGGGCUCCUCAACUUCCGGGACUUCAUCAACGGACUGGGGGUUCUUUAUCAUGGAGAUCUCACAGAGAAACUGAAGCUCCUUUACCAGAUGCAUGUGUUGCCUGAGUUCUCUCAUGAACAGGAGCCAGACUCGGCCUUUGAAGCCACCCAGUAUUUUUUUGAAGACAUCACUCCAGAAACCUCCAUCGGCCAAGACUCCAAGUGCAGAAGUGAGAAAGACGACGGCUUUGUCCGAGUCACAUUCAAGACUGAAAAAGUAAAAAAGCUGAACACUCCCGAUUACCGUCAGUACCUGAAACUGAUGAACCAGGAGACCAAACCUAAACGAGAAAACACCAAAGACCUCCCAAAGCUGAACCAGAGUCAGUUUAUUGAACUUUGCAAGACCCUGUACAGCAUGUUCAGUGAGGAUGCAUCUGAACAGGAGCUGUACCACGCCACGGCAACUGUCACCAGUUUGCUGCUGGAAAUGGGGGAAGUCGGGAAACUUUUCACUUCCUGCAACCGAAAGGAACGCAGCGUGGAGAGCAGACCUGAGGUGAGCAUGUCCACCAGAAGCUUCCCGGAUCUCAAACCCAGCCGGGAGGGGCAAGAUGUCAGCGAGGUGUUUCUCCCGACGGGCUAUGAGAGCAAUUCGAGCCCCUCUGAGGAGGAAAAAGCGAGUACUGACCAGCUGCCGCCCAUGCAAGACAUCAAGCUGGAGGAAUCCCCGAAAGACACGGGCACGUCCUCCGCCAUGCUCAUCUCCGACGACGAGACCAAAGACGACACCUCCAUGUCCUCCUACUCCGUGCUCAGCGCGGGCUCCCACGAGCUGGAGGAAAAGCUACAGUGCGAGGACAUCGCGGAUGACACCGUGCUGAUCCGUAGUGGCGUGGGCCCCGGCAGCGACCGGGUGGGCAGAGCUCACGGCGGCGGACUGCAGGACAGAGGCCUCCCCCACAGCACAAGCAUAGACAAAGACUGGGCCAUCACAUUCGAGCAGUUCCUGGCCUCCGUCCUCACCGAGCAGGCGCUGGUGCAGUAUUUUGAGAGGCCAGUGGACGUGGCCGCUUCCAUAACCAACGCCAAGAACGUGAGGAAGAUUGGGCGCCCCCUGCUGUCAGCGAGUGACUAUGAGAUCUCUCUUUCUGGAUAAGGAGGAGAGGGAUUUUUAAGAAUGAAAGUAAAUGUGAGAAUGUGUGAACACAGACGCUUCUUUUAUAGGAAAUGUGCGAGUUUUAUUGUAACAAUCAUUCAAAUCUGUCCAGCACAGAGAAAGUAAAACAUUAAUUUAUCAAUAGUCGGUGUGAACGUAUAGUAUCUGAACAUUAUAAGACAAUAUGCAUUCGAUGUUCAUAUAAUAAUCUCUUGUACUCUUAUAGAUGUAAAAUCCAUAGACACUAUAUCACAUUAAUUACAUCUAGUCAGAUCGUUACUUUACAUCUUAAUGCUGACAAAACCUGUUUGCUUUGUACAGUAAAUUUACUAAAACUGUAAAAAAGUUCAACAGUCAAGUGAAUUUUCAUGUUUCUGUAUUAUCUGUGCAGUUUGUCACUUGUUCUUUUACACAAACUGACCUGCUGGCGUUUUUAAAAGUGAUGGUGUUUUUUGUUUUUUGUUUUUUUGUUGCCAUCAAUCCUCACUAGUAAUUUAUGAUGGAUUAAGGAGAUAUCUGGUCUUUAAGCUUGAAGUUUUAGGAAUUUAUUACACUAAAAUGUUUUUUUUCCUCCCCACAUCCAUUUUUUUAACCUAGCUAGUGUUUUCUACAUCAUUUUUUAUAAAUCUGUUGACUCUACAUUUGAAUUUUUAAAUUAUUUUUUGUUGUCAGUAGGUUUAUUUUUAUUUGAUUGUUCUGGAUGUUGAUGUAUCACUAAUUAAAGUAACAUCAAUUAUA